CUACUCACAUGAGAAUUGAUUGUCUGCUCUCCACUGAAGUUGCUCCACCCUUCAAAGAUAUGGAGUGCUAGAGAGCGAAACUCCCCAGACAAAUUGAGCCAUCUGAGCUUUCAAAAGUUUGGGGUCGAAAGUCCUGUGCGUGUUAAAUCACAUGGCAUUAUAAACUAUGCUCCAAAGAUGGCGGUAGCAUUACCAGUGUCUGGUAACAGAGUGCAGAAAAGUGGAUUUUUGGAGGUAUUCGUCCGGGAUCGGUGGCAUAAAGUGUUGGCGAACUUGAACGAGGAAGCUCUGACAUUGAGUUGCGAAGAUCUGGGAGAGAAAGUUAACUUGAACGGGAUCACUAAUGGAUCUUACGCGACCAGCACCAAUCACCCGGACCUUACGAACAGUCCGACGACGGGCGUACGAACGGCUUUCACGGAUUUACCGGAACAAGUGCCCGAGGCAAUUGCGAACAGAAAAAGAUGCGUCAAAGUGGUUAAACAAGAUGUGGGGGGACUUGGAAUAAGUAUCAAAGGCGGAAAAGAGAACAAGAUGCCUAUACUCAUCAGUAAGAUUUUUAAGGGUCUUGCUGCGGACCAAACCCAGGCGCUGUACGUUGGGGACGCGAUACUGUCGGUGAAUGGGAUGAACCUGCGGGACGCUACUCAUGACGAGGCGGUUCAAGUGCUCAAACGCGCGGGGAAAGAGGUAACACUGGAAGUGAAGUACAUGCGAGAGGCCACUCCUUACGUGAAGAAGGGCUCCCCGGUCUCGGAGAUCGGCUGGGAGACCCCGCCUCCAGAGUCUCCGCGACUGGGCAGCCCGCACGCAGAGUCGCCCAGCCCCCCGCCCAGCCUCCCUCUGCAGGGGGACCGCAGGUGCAUCCCCCUAAAGAUGUGCUACAUCACGCGCAACCUGAGCACUGCUGACCCAGAGAACAGGCAGUUUGAGCUACACUCCCCAGACGCCAAGCACACCGUGGUGCUGCGGUGUAAGGACCCGCAGUCUGCCCAGGCCUGGUUCUCCCUCAUGCACAUUGCGGCCAGCAGCCUGACCAGCAAGGUGCUAACGGAGGUCCGGGAACACGUGAGAUGGAGCGGCAUCGCCGGCAGCAGGGAGGUCCGGCAUCUAGGCUGGCUCGCCAGAAAGACUGAGAAUGAGAAGCAGCAUUGGAAGCCUGUGCUGGUGGUGCUAACAGAGAAGGACCUGCUGCUGUAUGACGGUAUGCCACGGAUGAAGGACGCCUGGCUCAGCCCUGUUCACACUUAUCCACUACUGGCCACGCGGCUGGUGCACUCAGGUCCAGACAAGGGCUCCCCUGAGCAGGGCCUGGAGCUGUCGUUUGCCACGCGCACGGGCACCCGACUGGGCAUCGAGACCCACCUCUUCCGCUCCGAAACCUGCAAGGACCUGUCUGUGUGGACGCGGCACAUAGUCAACGGCUGCCACAGCGCGGCCGAGAUGAUCAAAGAGGUGUCCACCAGCUGCCUGUAUCAGGGGCUGGACUGCAGGCUGGUGAUCCACUAUGAGAGGGGCUUCUCCGUGGUGGCCGAGGCAGAGGACGGCUCCGUCCCUAAGCCACUCCUCAGCUACCCCUUCGAACGACUCCGAAUGUCCUCCGAUGACGGCAUCAGAAAGCUCCUGCUGGACUUCGGUGGGAAGGAGGGCGAAGUGCAACUGGACCUGCACUCCUGCCCCAAGCCCAUAGUCUUCAUACUGCACUCCUUUCUGUCGGCCAAGAUCGCUCGGCUAGGCCUGCUGGCCUGAGCUGGUGGAGCACAGCGCUAGCUCGCUGCACAGACUCAUUCAUUCCAAAGGGCACACAGGACCAGACAGGACCGAAGCACUGACUCAAACUGAGCGAUCCCACAGACGAGACACUGUCCACUGACACAGGACUCCCGAGGGGUCCGGAGAUGAACCCGCUCUGAUAUACUCUUGAGGAUCACGUCACCUCUGACUGAAUAGCAAGCUUUUUUUUUUUGAUUCAAAGCUUUGUGAUGAUAACUGCAAUGAAACACAAUGACAUGAGAAAUGAUUAUUAUUAUUAUUUUCAUUAUUAUUAUUAUUGUUAUUAUUCAAAUGAUACACUGUUAUUAGAGGAAAACACUAAAUUGUCAUGUCUGAACUAAAAUAUGCUGGAAGUAAUUUAGGCUCCAUUCAAAGCUAAAUCCUCUGGCAAAUGUCAGUGUUUUGGCUCUUGAUAUUAACAAUAUUUUAAUCGUAGGGAAGGAUUUGACACCUGUCAGUAAACAAAGAAGAAAUCUUGUCCGUCAGUAAAUUUUUGGCAGUUAAGGUGAAUUGAAGUACAUUGUUUCAACGACUGCUGUUGCACAUAAAUGACGUGUUUUAACAA